GCAUUAAUUUGAAUUUCUUCACUGGUUAUUUAUGAUUUUGUAGCCUUGUAAUAAUUUUGUAACUGAAAACGAGGAGACAGGCUAAAUCGAUAGCCGAAUAAUAAUUUGUAUUAAAGGCUAUUGCUUUAUACUAUUGAUAUAUAAUAUUGACUAACAUGUAAAAUAAUAUGAAAUUAAACCAGCUAUAAGAGUAGGCUACUGGUGAUGCUAUAAAUUGCAAAAGAAUUCACCAAUAAUAAUAAUAAUAAUAAUAAUUAUCAAAUAAGUCAAUAUUUUACACAUAUUUUCUGAAAAAAUCAUUGUUUUAAUUCCUAUUUUGGGGGUUUUAAUGAAGCGCAGAAAAAACAAUUAUAGCUUUGUGUAAUAGAGGACCUUUGCUCCGAGCAUCCACAGAGAACUGGGCUGCUUCUUGGCUUCAGAGCUGGUUAGAAAAAAGGCAACAACUCCUCUCUUGUGCUUCUGCGUAAAAUGUCAGAAAUGAGAUGUGAUUGAGUUACAGUGUUAGGACUCAUUGAGCAUUAAGGCAAGAUGCUACUGAGGGCUACCUGGCGUUGUGCUGCAGGAGAGUACUUGAACGCCGUUAACUUCGCAUGAGCGCCUCUCCUGCUCCACACUCUAUUUUGUUUUUGUUUUUUUGUUGUUUUUUUUUUUAACCAGGUCUCUCACAGGAGUGUGUGCAUGUGAAUUUAGGUAACACGCUGCUUGCGUCCAAUGAUAUCAAAAGAAAAAAAACGAGGGGGGUUAAUCAUUUACUCAGCCACUUAACACGCGGAUGUGUAUUUAUUUACUUAUCAGUAUCAGUCAAUUUCCCUCCCCGCAAGUGCACUUUUGCAUGUCUGAGUACGAUAAGGCAUAACACAAACAAUCCUGCAAUCACUGGAGGCCUCUCAUGGCCAUUAAAAGUCAGUAGUUCAACUGAGGAGUGGUUCUCCAACUCUCAAGUCCAUAUAGGCCUCCUUUCAUCAAGAGGCCCUCGUAAACAUCACUACAGUUAAUAAAGUGUAUUGUGGUCACUGCAAACCCAAGGUGCAGCCGCGUGUUUAUCAGCAACAAGUCACACAAACUCCAAACGCAGCAGCAGCAGCAGCAGCAGCAGCUCCGGCAGAGAGCCCGGACACCGCCUGCAGCCGCCGGCACCAACAUUUCUGACCAUAUACAGCGCUUAUGUUAUUGUUAGUGAGAGGGGAGCACAUGUCUUGUAAGUGAAAUUACGCUCGGCGAAAGGAGGCUAGAGCUGUUUUGUAUUGUUGCGGAUGCCCCGCCUCUGAUGGUAGCCUUAAACCUGGCACCCAGCUAAAACAAACCAAAGCCAGCACAGAGCUCCCACUCAAUCCAAUUAAGGCGGACUUGAGGCGCUCUCCUACGUGUUCAUCUACCAGGAUCGACGUUGAGACAACAGGAACCAGAGGGGCUUUGGCCAAAAAAAGAAAAAAAAGAGAAGGAGAGAUUGCCUUGCCUUCUAAUUUCUCCCUCUCCAGCCCCAGAACAAUGUCGAUGAGCCCUAAGCAUACGACUCCUUUUUCUGUUUCCGAUAUCUUGAGUCCCCUUGAGGAGAGCUAUAAGAAAUUAAGUAUGGAGAAUAACAACUUGGGGGCACCUCUCACUUCUUACCGGCAGCCGCAGGUUUCUCAGGCGGCGAUGCAGCAGCACCACAUGGGCCAUAAUGGGACUGUGUCUGCGGCUUACCACAUGACUGCGGCAGGUGUCUCUCAGCUGUCACACACGGCCAUGGGGGGCUACUGUAACGGCAACCUGGGCAACAUGGGCGACCUGCCGUCUUACCAGGACGGCAUGAGGGGCAGCGCCACGGCCACCGGCUGGUACGGAGCCAACCCAGACCCGCGCUUCUCCACCAUCUCUCGCUUCAUGGGCUCGUCGUCGGGCAUGAACAUGGGCAGUAUGGGCAGCCUCAGCUCCUUGGCAGACGUGGGUAAAGGCAUGGGCUCUCUGUCCAGUACCCCGCGGAGAAAGAGGCGCGUGCUGUUCUCCCAGGCGCAGGUCUACGAGCUGGAGCGACGCUUUAAGCAGCAGAAAUACCUGUCGGCCCCGGAGAGAGAACACCUGGCAAGUAUGAUCCACCUCACCCCGACCCAGGUGAAAAUCUGGUUUCAGAACCACCGGUAUAAGAUGAAGAGGCAGGCCAAAGACAAGGUGUCCCAGCAGCAGAUGCAGCAGGACAGCGGCUCCUGCCAGCAGCAGCAGCAGCAGUCCCCGCGGAGGGUGGCCGUGCCGGUGCUGGUGAAGGACGGGAAGCCGUGCCAAGGCACCGGCCACACACCCACAUCCUCCGCGCAGACGCACCAUCAGCAAGGGGGCAAUGUCAUGAUCAUGUCCAACAACACGUCCGGCCUCGGGCAGCAUCAGAGCCAGCAGGUGGGAAGCACAGGUCACUCUCCAGAUUUGGCGCCGCACUCCUCCAGUCCGCCGUCACUGCAGGGCCAAGUGGCCGGCCUCUCCCACCUCAACUCCCCCGGCUCAGAGUAUGGCUCGGCCCUGCAGUGUUCAGCCCUGUUAUACGGCAGGACAUGGUGACAAGAGGCGCCGGCUUUGAUUUAAAACCUGUCAGGACUUCAACAAGUUUCAUUGUAAAUGUGCGCAUUUGAAAAAGAACCGAGUGAAGUCGGUGCAGCUCUUCUUGAAUUUUCACCUUCUGGGAGGAAGUGUGACUUGUACGGAAGAAACACUUGUCCAGAAACUGCGGAUGUGAAAGUCUUGGGAUUUAUUUAUGUAAAUUAUAUUGAGAGAAAGGAAGAAUCAGCACAUAGGCCGCGUUAGGUGGGAAAAAGUGCAGCUGAAAAGGGAGGCACAUAGACCAGAGGACUGCUGAACAUGGGUGCUGUUAAAUUCCCUUUCACAAACACACACACGAGAUGACUCUGAUUUAUAAUAGAAUUUAAUGUAAGCCGUAGAUCUAGCUUGUAUAUUUCUGUAAAAGGUUUGAAUUUUAGCUAUCUGUUGUACAAAGUUUUUGACGCUAUUGCCGGUUUGUUGUCGUUUCAUUGGUAUUUGUACGUUUUAUUUCUUUGUAACUUAUAUAGAUAUUUGACUUACUACAAAACAGUCCUAUUAAUAAAUUAUGGAAACAUGA